UCUCCGUUUAUAAUGGUACUUGUCAUUCCACCCACUUUUAAUUUUAUUUUGUUCUAUGGCUGUCCUCCUGCAGGCACAUUGAGGAUUUGUAAUUCACGCGUGGAAGAAUGUCAGAUCUCAUGCUGUAUGGACGGCUCUUUUGAUUGAAUGCAGUUAUAUUAAAUGCUGGGAAAGAUAUCCACCUUUAACCGACCUUGCGCGAGCUAACGCAUGCGAGAAACUGCCUGACAGCUCUCAAGUGCAUCAUUUGUUUCGUUUCUUUUCUUUAUGUGGGACUUAUUUUAAAUCCAAACUUAUUUUGGUAUUCCGUCUUCAAAUUUGCGAUUGCACUUGCACUAUCGCCUGACGAACACUUUGAGCGAAUCCAAUUUGAACGGUUUUCGGACAUCUCGUCCUUUGCAAACUGAAUCUGGAUCAGUAAAACACAACAGUACUGUUGUUGGAUAUAACUCUAAAUCUUAGUUUAAGUCUUCAUUUUGUUUUGUGAUUUUUUUUUAUUUCAAACUCAAAUGCACACAGCGCCUGUAUGGGAGUGAAACUCUCACACACGGAAGUGACUUGUACAUCUUAGGCCAGUUAUCUCUGCGCGCGUGUGUGUGUGUGUGUGUGUUUACUAGUUGAAUUUGCAUCCCUUGUAUAGAUUGUAUUGGUAAAUUGAAAAAUGAUCCCUGAUAAAGCACCAGGCGAGGAUGUUUUACAUGCAUCCGGGGACUUGAAGAAAGAAGCGCACAUCCCCAGCUUUGAGAAAUACAAAGAGCUCUACAUCAAAUCUGUCGAGUCUCCAGAGGAGUUCUGGGGAGAUGUCGCCAAAGACUUUUUCUGGAAGACAAAAUACACAGGAAAGUUCCUGGACUACAAUUUCGAUGUGACCAAGGGUGAGAUUUUCGUGAAGUGCAUGGAAGGGGCCACAACCAACAUCUGUUACAAUGUGUUGGACCGCAACGUCCAUGAGAGGAAACUGGGGGACAAAGUGGCUUUUUACUGGGAGGGGAAUGAACCUGGAGAUGAGAAGACCGUGACCUUCAGAGAACUGCUCCAGCAAGUCUGCAAGUUUGCCAAUGUCCUCAAGUCACAAGGUGUCAAAAAAGGUGACCGUGUAUCUAUUUACAUGCCCAUGGUGGUGGAGCUGGUGGUGGCCAUGUUGGCCUGUGCUCGGAUUGGAGCUGUCCACUCUAUUGUGUUUGCCGGUUUUUCUGCCGAGUCGCUGUGUGAAAGGAUCAUGGACUGUCAGUGCUGUCUGCUUAUUACAGCGGAUGGCUUUUACCGCGGUGAUAAGCUGAUCAAUCUGAAGCUAAUAGCUGAUGAGGCACUACAGAAAUGCAGGGACAAGUCUUUCUCAAUGGAGAAAUGUAUAAUGCUUAAACACCUCUCAAAGGAUGAGGCCACAACGCCUGGGUCCCUGUCACCUCCAUUGAAGCGUGCCUGCCCCGACCUACAGCAGGAGAAACAGAAAGAAAGAGUAAGGAAGGUCCAUCCCCCCCAACAGGUGCCAUGGAAUCCUGAGGUAGAUAUGUGUUGGCACUCUCUUAUUGGUGGAGCUUCAGAAGAGUGUGAGCCUGUCUGGUGUGAAUCAGAAGACCCACUCUUCAUCCUUUACACUAGUGGCUCUACUGGAAAACCUAAGGGUGUAUUGCACACAGUGAGUGGCUACAUGCUCUACACUGCUGCCACCUUUAAGCUGGUGUUUGAUUAUCAUCCAGAUGAUGUAUACUGGUGCACUGCAGACAUUGGUUGGAUAACAGGUCACUCGUACAUCACAUAUGGGCCCCUGGCCAAUGGGGCAACCAGUGUGCUGUUUGAGGGUUUGCCUACAUACCCGGAUGUGAGCCGAAUGUGGGAGAUUGUUGAUAAAUAUUACGUCUCCAAGUUCUACACGGCACCCACCGCUAUCCGGAUGCUUAUGAAGUAUGGCAGUGAGCCUGUACUUAAGUAUAAGCGUGGCUCUCUGAAAAUUUUGGGGACUGUAGGGGAGCCCAUAAACCCAGAAGCCUGGCAGUGGUACUACAGUGUUGUGGGAGAGAAGAGAUGCCCAGUGGUGGAUACAUUCUGGCAGACUGAGACGGGUGGGCAUGUGAUGACUCCGCUGCCAGCUGCCACUCCCAUGAAGCCAGGCUCUGCUACGUUUCCAUUUUUUGGGGUUGUACCUGCCAUUCUGAAUGAGUCAGGGGAGGAACUUGAAGGACCAAGCGAGGGCUAUCUGGUGUUUAAACAGCCAUGGCCAGGUGUGAUGAGAACUAUAUAUGGGAACCACCAGAGGUUUGAGACCAUCUACUUCAAGAAAUUCCCUGGAUAUUUUGUCACUGGAGAUGGUUGCCGUAGAGAUAAGGAUGGGUACUACUGGAUCACUGGAAGGAUAGAUGACAUGCUGAAUGUGUCUGGGCACCUAUUAAGCACAGCAGAGGUGGAGUCGGCUCUAGUGGAGCAUAAAGCCGUGGCAGAGGCAGCAGUUGUAGGGAGGCCACAUCCUGUUAAAGGGGAGAGUCUCUACUGCUUUGUCACCCUCAAUGACGGAAUCAGCUACAACCAAAAGCUGGAGGCAGAGCUUAAAAAGCAAGUGAGAGAGAAGAUUGGUGCUAUAGCUACGCCUGACUUCAUACAGAAUGCACCUGGCCUUCCGAAAACCAGAUCAGGGAAAAUCAUGCGUCGCGUCCUGAGGAAGAUAGCAAGUAAUGAGCGGGAUUUGGGUGACGUGUCCACUCUAGCAGACAGCUCUGUCAUUGAUCAACUGUUUGAAAACCGCUGUGAUACUGCUGUGUGACCAUUAGGAUGAGCCAACUUAAUGCUACUGUCUGGCACCGUAUGAGCUUCAUUUCUGGGAGAAGAGGAAGAAUCUGUGCUAGAAUGAAGUGUAGAAAAAAGCAAGAGGGCAGACCGCAAGAAAAAGUCUUUGUCAGGUGUAUAAAUCCUGCUGCAAUGCGCUACAGUUUAGAUAUUUCUAAGCAAAUACAAGGUUUGGGAGCAACAUGGGGUUUUAAAUGGAUUUUUAACAUGACCCAUUGUAUAUUAGAAAUCAUUUUAGAACAAAAGUUUAUUUUUGUUAUUUGUCUUUGGCGAUUUUCUUCGUUUUUGUGAUUGUGUUUGUUUGCAGUUGGUUUGGCCUCAAAUUAAUUAUGAUACAUAACACAGUAUCAAGCUGUUUUUGUUGACUACUGUCCUCCAGUGAUUUUUUUUUUUAUAGUUCACUGGUGUGCCAUUCUUAAUUCCAUUAUGUGUGCAUAAUUCUGGGUCUAAAUAUGUAUUUCUCUUUUGUUCAAUUUGUUCAUAGAAACAUGUAAAAUGACAUUGUCCUAUAAUGUGCCAACAUUACUUUAAAGCAGGUUAGCAAUUGUUUGAUGAUUUUGUUGUAUACAAAGUAAUUAUGGUUGAAUUUCUCUGCUUCAGUCUAAGGUGUGCGUGCGCGUGUGUGUGGUUGAAAUCAGAAGUUUACAUGCACUUAGGUUGGAGACAUUUAAAAUAAAUUUAACCACUCCUCCACAGAUUUCAUUUUAGCAAACUAUAUAUGUGGCGAGUCGUUUAGGACAUCUACUUUGUGCAUGACACAAGUAAUGUUUCCAACAAUUGUUAACAGACAGAUUGUUUCACUCUUCAUUGACAAUAUCACAAUUUCAGUGGGUCAGAAGUUUAAAUACACAAAGUUAACUGUGCCUUUAUACAGCUUGGAAAAUUCUAGAAAAUGAUGUCAAGCCUUUAGGCAAUUAGCUUGUUAUAGGCUAAUUGGAGUGACUUUACAUCAUGGGAAAAUCAAAAGAAAUCAGCAAAUACCUAAAAAAAAAAAAAAAAAAAAAAUUGUGGACCUCCAUAAGUCUGGUUCAUCCUACAUUCAUCUGUACAAACAAUAGUACACAAGUAUAAACACCAUGGGACCACGUAGCCAUCAUACCGCUCAGGGAGGAGAUGCAUUCUGUCUCCUAGAGAUGAAUGUAGUUUGGGGUGAAAAGUGCAAAUCAAUCCCAGAACAACAGUAAAGGACUUUGUGAAGAUGCUGGAGAAAACAGGUAGACAAGUAUCUAUAUCCACAGUAAAACAAGUCCUAUAUCGACAUAACUUGAAAGACUGCUCAGAAAGAAAGAAGCCAAUGCUCCAAAACCACCAUAAAAAAGCCAGACUACUGUUUGCAAGUGCACAUGGGGACAAAGAUCUUACUUUUUGAAAAAUGUCCUCUGAGUUUAAAUGUAUUUUGUUAAGGUUUAUUUAAACUUCUGACUUCAACUGUACAUACAAAUUACACAUUUUAUAGACUACUGGUUGUAUACGAGCCAAAGCAUGCAGUAAAACUUACCAGAAUAAGGGCAGGUGUUUGCAUAUGUUAAAGAUUAACUAUGUAUAUUUGAUACCAGGUACAAUUUGCAGCUGUUUGCAAACACUUGUGUUUGAACGUCUGAUAUUAAUUUCUUCCAGGAAAGUUAUAAAAAAGCUGUUAUUAACUUAUAAUGUACAAAUCUUCUGUAUGCAUUUGAAAACAUGUACCCAAGAUAACAGUAGUCUUGCAUCUCUUACAAUGUUAGUGGUUCAGUCCAAUUCAUAAUCUACUGUAUCCCAAGAUCAGCUUUCAGGACAGAAGUGUGAUGAUCAAAUUCCAGUUUUGCCUCAUAGUGUAUGGUGCUUGCAUGCACCAAUGCCACAUCCAUGGAUUGUAUUUCACACUGUUAUUAGAUUCAUUUGAUGCUGUUGUUUUUGCUAAUAUUUCCUCUAGCUUAGCAUUAAUUAUUUGUUUUGUUGUACAAUAAAUUUUGACUUUUUAUUGAUCAUGUCUUCAAUCAAUCCUAAAAUUCCCAACAUACUUUCCAGAUGUGCGACUGAUCCUUUAAAUGUCAGUUUAAUGUAUUUUCUUAACCAUGAAUGUUUCCCUUUGUCAUGAAUUUUCUUGUUGUCAAAUCAUUUGAACAAUGUCUCUCAUACAGAACUGGGUGAAUUAAAGUGCUGACAUUUUAAAUUUAAAGAGUUUUCUUUCUCUUUCUUGGGUGUGUUGUUUCAUAUCCCUUUGUUCACUUGUCCUGCACUGUUUGUUAUUGGAUUAACUAUUUGUUCUCUUACUGCAUUCUAGUAAAAUCUUUCUUUUUUUUUAUUUUCUGGAGAAGCUGCAGCUAUUGUGUCCUUCGUGAUGAAUUCUGUUGCAGCACAUUAUGCAGCUGAUCCUCUACUUAAAACAAAGCAUUUCAUGGAUCUUACCAUAAAU